CGCUCAUCCCGGAAGAAAAGAACCCGAGAGAGAGAAAAAGAAAGAAAGAAAGAAAGAAAGAAAGAAGCCUUUGCGACUGCUCCGAGGCCUUCGUAGGCGAAGAAGAAGCCGAAGCCGAGAGAGAUGGGGCUGAUCUCGGGGCUCGUCGACGCCGUGGUGGUGCUGUUCUCGGCGGUGCUGGCGGUGGCGGUGCCGCUGAUCGACGCACAGACCGUCCUCCCCGGCUCCCUCUUCCCGGCGCCCCUGGUGGGGCUCAAGCAGUGGUACGGCGAGGAGUACGGCGACUACCUCAUGGCCGAGAAGCCUCACUUCUUCGUUGGCCUUGUCUGGGUCGAGAUCGCCUUCCUCUGGCCACUGUCCCUCGCCAACAUCUAUGGCAUCCUCGCCCGCCGCCGCUGGUCCGCCACCACCUCCCUCAUGGCCGGCAUCUCCACCGCCACCUCCAUGGCUGCUCUGAUGGCAGAGCUGAAGCUUUCAGGCAAGGCAUCAGACAGGUUAAUUCAAACGUAUUCUCUGUUUUGGGUUUUUGCCCUCUUUGCAACCUUACGAGGACUUAUCUUGCGCCCUCGCCGCGCAAGCACCUCUCAACCCCCCUUUGCUCGAAGGAAGAGAGCUUAAUCAACAAAUUAGUGCUUUUCCAUUUGCAUCAUUCCGUUGCUGAGGAAUUAGUCAGGAAUCAUCAAUUAUAAUGGGAAUUUAAUGUCGGUGAAGAAACUGGAGACACCCAAGAUUUGUCUGUUUUUGUUGUAUUUUUUGUCGUUAGGUCUGAUCUGUGUUUUAAUAACAGAGGGACGAUGCUUUUUAACAGGUCAUCUACGAUUAACUUUAGAAUGCCGUGAUAAAUUGUUGCAAUGAUUUUGAUGCCAUAAACAGUUUGAACAUUUAUGAAACAUUUACUAUGA